GGUAAACACUUCCACUACUUUCAUUUUAUCUGAAAUCAAAAAACAGAAAAACUAGAAGAGGAAGAGGAAAGCACACCAUGAACCUUGUAGUGGGGAGCUCUUGGUCUCCCCUUCAGUUCCCCUCCUCUUCUUUAUGUUCUCAGUCUUCAGUCUUUUUGUAUGCAAGAAAUGCAGAGACCAAGAGGAGGAACAGAGUCUCAACUAUGGCUUCUUUGAGACAAGAUGACUUCGAUGAAAAUGUUUCCAAUAAGAGGAGAGCUGUUCUUCUUGUGGGUAUUUCAGUUCUUCCUUUCUUGAAACUCAGAGCUACAGCUCUUGAAGGUUUAGUAACAAACCCCCGAACGAACUCGAGGUCAAAACUGGAACCCCCACCAAACCCAACAAUCUCUGGGAACCAGGAAACUCGUGGCAUUUUGCCAGAGGAAAGUGUGCUAAAUACACCAGUGGAAAGCCAAAAAUCAGAGCUGGCACUUCAAAGAGAUCCACCAUCAAAUCCCUUUCUUUCUUUUCUUAAUGCACUUGGAAUAUUUGGGACUGCUGUGCUUGCCCCACUUUAUGCUUUGACUCAGAAAGAUAAAAAAGCAUCUGUUGCAACUAUAGAAUCUAUGAAAAACAGACUCAGUGAAAAGGAAGCUUCCAUUUUGUCAUUGAAGAAAGAAUUUGAGUCUAAACUACAAAAAGAACAAGAAGAGCGAACAAAGCUACUCAAAACAGCGAAGGAAGAACAGCAGGUUUUAAUGAAUCAACUAAAUUCAGCUAACAGCACAAUUACAGGCCUAGGGCAGGAGCUCAAAAAUGAAAAAAAAUUGAUUGAGGAGCUUAAAGUACAAAUUGAUAGUCUUCAAUCCAGUCUCUUGAAGGCUGGGGAAGAUAAAAGUGCACUUGAAGAAAAACUCAAGGAAAAGCUUGAUUCAAUCGAAGCCUUACAAGACAGGGUUAAUUUACUCAGUUUAGAGCUAAAAGAUAAGAAUGAUAGUGUUCAACAGUUCAGAUCUUCUCUUGCUGAGAAGGAAAUGGAGUUGAAGAACUUGAAUUCUAUCUACAAGCAGACCAAGGAUGAACUAGCCAAAGCAGAUGCAGAAGUCAAAGGAUUGAGGGAUGAACUCUUGAAAAAUAAAAAAGAACUAGAAUUGAGGAGUACUUUGGUGGAUGAAUUAAAUGCAACGGUUAGUUCUUUAAUAGUUGAGACAGAUGAUUCCAAGAGGAAAAUUGAUGAUGUUCAAAAGGAGUAUGAUGAUCUGAAGUUAUCUUCUGAAAAGAAGGCAGCUUUUGAGGCAAAGCUAUUGGGAGAAAGAGAAGAGGAACUUCAUGAGCUGAAGGAAAAGCAUGAGCUUGCUCAGAAUGAAGUGCGUGGAAGUCAAACAACAAUUGCUAAGUUGACCCAAGAAAAGGAUGACUUGAGGAAAAUGCUGGAUGUGGAAUUGAGUAAUGUAGAAAAUCUCAAACAUGAACUCGCAACUACUCAGGAGACUCUUGGCAAGACGAGGAAUGAGGCUUCUGAUCUGGAAAAUCAACUAGUACAAUCAACAAAUUUGUGCUCAGAGCUUGAGUCCGAAAUUUCGAGGGUGAAAGCUGAUUUUGCUGAAAUUAGGGAAACAUUUCAGAAAAGCCUUGAUGAGGCAAAACAAAGUAGUGAAGUGCUAGCCAGUGAGCUCACUGCAUCGAAGGAGCUUUUGAAGAAGACUAGUGAGGAGCUGCAAAUUGUGACCCAUCAACUGGCUGCUGCAACUGAAAAUCGUAAUAGCCUACAAAAGGAACUGGUAGACAUUUAUAAGAAAGCAGAAGCCACAGCCAAUGAUUUGAAAGAAGAGAAAAAUGUUGUUGCCUCUUUGAACAAUGAACUACAAGCUUUGGAGAAGCAAAUCUUGAAGGACAAGGAGGCACGGAAGUCCCUUGAAAUUGAUCUGGAAGAGGCUACCAAAUCACUUGAUGACAUGAACAGAAAUGUGUUGACACUUUCUAGAGACCUAGAUAAUGCUAAUUCUCAUAUUUCUAGUCUCAAAGAUGAGAAAGAGGUGCUUUACAAGUCCCUAACAGAGCAAAAGAACGUAGCUCAAGAAGCCCGAGAAAACAUGGAAGAUGCCCAUAAUCUUGUCAUGAGGCUUGGCCAAGAAAGGGACAGUUUGGACAAGAAAGCAAAAAAACUUGAAGAGGAAUUGGGAUCUGCUAAGGGUGAAGUACUGCGGUUAAGGAGUAAAAUAAAUUCAUCCAAGCUUCUUGUAAAUGAUCAACAUCCUCAGAAAAGCGAAGAAGAAAACAAUUUCCCUGACACUACAAAGAGAACUGGUAGGAGGAGAAAGGAUGGUUCAUUAAAUUCUGAUGAUGAAGAUAAUGAUACUAAUACUGCAAAGAGAACUGGCAGGAGGAGAAAGGAUGAUUUAUCAAAUUCUGAUGACGAAGAUAAUGUCACUGUUGCUGCAAAGAGAACCGGGAGGAGGAGAAAGGCUAGUUCAGAAUGAAACUCUGGACCAUUCAGUUUUCAUUUAAUAUUUUCUCGAUAUUGUAUGUUCGUAUGUCAUCUAUGAAACUUGUUUCCGAGCUUUUGCUUUUUCGACAAAUUUUCAGUGCUAUUAUAUGAUCAUUGUAUAAAUGUUAAUCGAGGAAUGAGAUUACCUGAGUUUUCUUCUCAUUAUCUUCUUGUAUACUAUCUAAGUUGAGGAGUCAAU